GUGGGCCCGGAGGUGGAGGACGCACGGUCCGGUCAUGGGGCUCCAGCCGAGCCCAAUCCUGCUGGCCUCCCUGGGGGUGGGGCUGCUGACUCUGCUAGGCCUAGCGGUGGGAUCCUACUUGUUUCGGAAGAGGUCCCGCCGGUCGCCCAUCACGCUCCUGGACCCGAAUGAAAAGUACCUGCUGCGACUGCUGGACAAGACGACCGUGAGUCACAACACCAAGAGGUUCCGCUUUGCCCUGCCCACCGCCCAACACAUUCUGGGGCUGCCUGUGGGCCAACAUGUCUACCUCUCUGCCCGAAUUGAUGGCAGCCUUGUCAUCAGGCCAUACACUCCUGUCACCAGUGAUGAAGAUCAAGGCUAUGUGGAUCUUGUUAUCAAGGUCUACCUGAAGGGUGUGCACCCCAAAUUUCCUGAGGGAGGAAAGAUGUCUCAGUACCUGGAUAGCCUGAGGAUUGGGGAUGUGGUAGAGUUCCGAGGGCCAAGUGGCUUGCUCACUUACACCGGGAAAGGGAACUUUAGCAUUCAGCCCAACAAAAAGUCUCCUCCAGAACUGCGAGUGGCAAAGAAGCUGGGAAUGAUUGCUGGCGGGACAGGAAUAACCCCAAUGCUACAGUUGAUCCGGGCCAUCCUGAAAGACCCUGAAGAUCCCACCCAGUGCUUUCUGCUUUUUGCCAACCAGACUGAAAAUGACAUAAUCUUACGGGAAGAUUUGGAGGAACUACAGGCCCAGUAUCCCAAUCGCAUGAAGCUCUGGUUUACUCUGGAUCAUCCACCAAAAGAUUGGACCUACAGCAAAGGCUUCGUCACCGCCGACAUGAUCCGCCAGCACCUGCCAGCCCCAGGGGAUGAUGUGCUGCUGCUGCUCUGCGGGCCUCCCCCGAUGGUGCAGCUGGCCUGCCAUCCCAACUUGGACAAACUGGGCUACUCACAAAAGAUGCGAUUUACCUACUGAGCAUCCCCUAGUCUCCCGGUCCCACUUCCCGCAACUGUCCCCAAUCAGUACUCAAAUGCUAUAAGCCUUUCCUGAGAAUUCCAGCCUUUUGGUCUCACUCUGGAGCUAAAAUCUAGAUGGCGCUUGCAGGGACAACAUCCUUGUGGCCAUGGAAAAGGGCCAAGUCCGAGUCAUUCACUGGAAGGGCCCCUUUGAUAAAAAGUCCUGGUCAGGCCUAUGGAAUAAUCUCUUCUGUGAGUCAGAAAGAAGGAAGCCUGGGAAGGAAAGGGAAAGAGAAAGGAAAGAAAAGGAAAAAAAACAUUUAUUCCAAGACUACUGGCCCCUCGAGGGCAUUGCGCUAGUCUGUGAUGCAAGGAAAAGCAAUGUAAUGGGUUCUACUUAAUAUUCAUGCUUAACCCACAGCAGAUUUUGAACGUGUGAGCACAAGUUGAGCAGAAUCAUAGAGGUAGCCUUAUAGAGACUGCAGGAAAAGAAGAAAUGGUUUCUGCAGAUCUCCAACCCCUCAGAGAAGGAAUCUGAAAUAUGUAUGUGUGUGUCUGUCUCUCUGCCCCUGCCCAGGCUGGAGGCAAUGCCUACCCAAAGUGUAAGACUGCGCUGUGGCAGGAACCUCUGGCUACACAAAUAAAUGGGGCUGAGGCCCCUGUGUCAUA